AUCUUCCACGUGGCAUUACAUCCUCCAAAAGUUGUCCAUCCCAACUCCCCUAAAAAUAGUUAUACAACAUGAAUGACAUGAUUUUCAAUUUUACCAGAUAGAUGUGGGAUUUGUUCCAUUAAACCCAACAACCAAAACUGCAAUCUCAAAUCAAAAUAACCAGAGUAUGAGUAUGAGUACGGGCAUGAUUAGAGCAUCAACAAGGAUAACAUCAUCAGUAAGUUUUGCUGAUAUCCCAACAAUGCAAGAAAUAAUGGAAACCUCAAAAUCUAGAAAUCUGGAUUUAAAGCUGCAAAAAGUGGGACCCUUUUUCAGAAUAACAGCAAAAAACUUGGAGACAAACAGAGAGCUAGGAAGAGCAGAAGGAGUGAUAAGGUUCUGGUUUGAUGGCAAAAUUCUGCACUUGGAUUCCAUCAGAUUGAGCAAAGAGACUUUGAGUAUGCAGAGAUCAAUUUUUGGGGUUGGAUUAUUCCUUGGUGCUGUUGCUGUUAGACAUGGUUUUGAUUCUGCUUGCAACUCUGCUCAGCUUCUUGCUAUCAAUGAUACUGAUCUCUACCAUUCUAAGCUGGUAAGGUUCUAUAGUAGAAUGGGAUUCAAAAUUGUGCAUGAAGUAGAUGGCUCAUCAAUGGAAGACCUUUCUCAUAUGCUAGUCUGGGGAGGUAAAGGAACAAGAAUGAAUGCUGAUAUCAAAGAUCUUCUUACGAAAUGGCGCACCAUGUUCAAACCCAGAGUUUCAAGUGCCUAAAAACAGAAACAUGAAAGAUAAUAACACAUAUAUUCAACAUGUGAUUUGAAACAAGAGACCGAGUUGUUCAAGCAAUACAAAAUGAGCGCGCUUUUAGGAAGAUUAUGUUGCAAAUCACAAAGUACAGAAGAUGCAUACAUGUACAUCAAACAGAACCAGCUGAUUAUCAGAUGCUACUCAAGUCAUGGUUUUAGUGCAAGUGAUAUGCCGAGUUUUGGAUGUGUGUCAAUAGAAUCGUAAUCAAACUCAGCUGCCACUGUCAGUACUGACUUGGGUUUAAACUCGUGUUGCACAAGUGCUCCGAAAUUCCCCUGGUUAUUAUGCUUCAGCUUGAUUACGGUUAAAUCAUCAACAGCAUAUGAUCCUCCAACAGUUAAAGUAUUUCCAUCUUCAGAAAAUCUGUUUGUAAACUCCACUACUGAAGUGGUUCUCCCUUGAUCAAGGUACUGUGCAUACGACGCUCUGACUAGGUCACCCUUUUCGGCUCUGGAAUCCAUGACAGGAUUAGAAAAAAAACCAAAAACAAAAAACCAGUUUAGUUGGAUAUUGAGUAAUGACCCCUAUUCCAAAAAGGGAAGGGGAGAUUGUGACGUGAUAUUAAUUUAAAAAGUCAUUAUGCAAAGAUCAAAUGUUUUAAAGUAACAACACUAGCAUAAAAUAAGUUCAAUUAAGCCUGUUGGGAUGAUUAAAUCCUUGAGCAUUCCAAUGUUUGUUCAAUUUUCUAAUUAAGUUCUAUAAUAUUCUUUUCAACAA